CAAAGCCCUCUCUGCUCUGGGUUUCUGAGGUCCCUCACAGGGAGGGGACUUGCAGGCUGACAGCGAAGGAGAGCCUGGCCUGUUCCGGUUGUCCCUUUGUCCGUGUUGCCCCAGCCCCACUGACAAUGGGUGAGAGGGAGGACAAGGAUGCUGAAGUUUGGCUGAACCUUAAGCCCGUGGAGCCCUUGCCCUCCCAGUGCUGCGGGAGUGGAUGCUCACCCUGUGUGUUUGACCUCUAUUACCGAGACCUGGAAAGAUGGGAAGCAGCCCGAGCCAGAAAUGACAGGAGCCUACUGAGUGGGAAGCGGUCACCUGAGACCCAGGGCUGCUCCACCAAGCUGAGUCCAGAGACCUUCCUGGCCUUCCACAUCAGUGCCGUGGAGAAACUCACCAAAGACACCUAUCGUGUCCGGUUUACACUCCCUGGGAACAGUCAGCUCGGCCUGCAUCCUGGGCAGCACCUCAUCCUACGAGGUAUAGUGAAUGGCUUGGAAAUUCAGAGAGCCUAUACCCCCAUCAGCCCCGUCACUGCGGAAGGCUACUUUGAUGUUUUAAUCAAGUGCUAUCAGACCGGGCUGAUGUCCCGGUAUGUGGAGUCCUGGAGAACAGGAGACACAGCUUUCUGGAGAGGGCCUUUCGGAAGCUUCUUAUAUGAACCAAACAAGUACGGUGAACUCCUCAUGCUGGCAGCUGGCACAGGCCUGGCCCCUAUGGUGCCCAUCCUGCAGAGCAUCACAGACAAUGCAGAUGAUGAGACCUUUGUCACCUUGGUUGGCUGCUUCAAGACCUUCGAGAACAUCUACCUGAAGACCUUCCUCCAGGAACAGGCCAGGUUCUGGAACGUGCGAACCUUCUUUGUCCUCAGUCAGGAGGUCUCCCCAGAGCAGCUUCCCUGGAGCUACCGUGAGAAGACCCACUUUGGGCGCCUGGGCCAGGAGCUGGUUGAUGAGCUAGUAGCCUGCUGCCGGAGAAAGCCCUUCACAUUAGUCUGUGGCUCACCUGCGUUCACUGAGGACAUGGCUAGGUGUUUGCUGUCUGCUGGCCUGACUGAGGACUCCUACUUCCUCUUCUAGGCCUGGCCAUGGACCUUGUACAGGGGCACGGGAAGGAGCCCAGGCUAGAAUCAGAAGACAUGGAGUCCAGGCCAGUCCUGCUGCUGCCUUGCCCAGAGACCUUGGACAAAUGUCAUUGCCCUUGAAACUUGUACUCCUGUCUGCUUCACAAGGUUUGUCCUUCCCUCCUAGCAUCCUGGUGUGUGGAGGGAGGCCAAACAGAUGGGGUCCUGCCGAGCUCAGGAUGGUGGGCAUCGGGUGGGAUAAGGGGUGAGGAGCCUCUCUUGUCCUUCCAGAGGGUCCAGAAUCAGUGCUAAGAGAAUGACUUUGAGAAAAGCUCAGAGCUCUUUGGAGGACCUUAACUUUUGUACCUUCCGUGGGUUGAACCUGACUUGCUGAAGGCCUUGGUCAAUGACCUGACCAUGUUCUCAGAACAAGACACUGGAUCAUCUCUGUAUCAGUGCCAAGUCUUUCCUGCCGUGACCAGCUUCAUGCUCAGAAUCUCUUUCCUGGCUCAGGAAGCCAGCCCAGAGUCCUUUCCCCACAAAAGAAGAGGAACAGAGGCAAAUGCCCCUCCCUCCUGCAGGCAGCCACAUAGCCCAUGCCUUCAGCUCGGUGCCCUGGCGACAGUUGCUAUGGAGAUCUAAAGAUAGAGCAGGAGACAGGAGACCUGGGUCCCUCUCCCAGCUCUGCCCACUGAGUGGCUGCUGAUCCAGGUCCACCCAGACCCCACCCCCACCUCCUCCAUCCUGCAUGGGGCAUGCCCUCUCCAGGGAACUUGCUGCCUGCCCCUGGGCAUCACGUUGACUUAAUGAAUUCGGCUUCCCACAGCCUGGGCCCCGGUUUGCCGCGCCAGCACAGGCUAGAUGCAGGCAGUCCCAGACUUCUAAAGCUCGGCAGUGGAAUGUUAGAAGUGGAGAGCGAGGAGCCUUCAGGAUUAGUCAUUUAUAACCGGAGAGUUGCAGCUGAGCAGACGCUCUGAUGCCAGAAAAACUGUCCA